UAUAUGAGACAUGGAAUGACUGAGGGGUUUCUGCUCCCACAGGCUGAGGCUGAGGUGGCUUCUCUGAAUCGCCGUAUCCAGCUGGUGGAGGAGGAGCUGGACCGAGCCCAGGAGCGCCUGGCCACUGCCCUGCAGAAGCUGGAGGAAGCUGAGAAGGCGGCUGAUGAAAGCGAGAGAGGCAUGAAGGUCAUCGAAAACAGGGCCAUGAAAGAUGAGGAGAAGAUGGAGCUCCAGGAAAUGCAGCUGAAAGAGGCAAAACACAUUGCUGAGGAGGCUGAUCGCAAAUAUGAGGAGGUCGCCCGCAAGCUGGUCGUCCUUGAGGGAGAGCUGGAGCGCUCAGAGGAGAGAGCAGAGGUGGCAGAGAGUAAAUGUGGUGACCUAGAGGAGGAGCUGAAAAUUGUCACCAACAACUUGAAGUCCCUGGAGGCCCAGGCUGACAAGUAUUCCACCAAGGAGGACAAGUAUGAGGAGGAAAUCAAGCUUCUAGGGGAAAAACUGAAGGAGGCUGAGACCCGAGCAGAGUUUGCAGAGAGAUCUGUGGCGAAGCUGGAGAAAACCAUCGAUGAUCUAGAAGAGAGUCUGGCCAGUGCCAAAGAGGAGAAUGUGGGCAUCCAUCAGGUCCUGGACCAGACUUUGUUGGAGCUGAACAACCUCUGAGCUGCACUAGGGAGUCCCCAUCCCUCUUCCCUACCCUCCACAUGCACCCCACUGGCAUGCUCAGGACAUCAUCAGCUAAACUACGUCUUGGCCAAAUCCACACAUAAUUGAGAAGGGAAACCCUGCAGCCCUAUUCCAUGGCUCAGGGGCAUCUUGUCUGUGCACAGCCUGACUGGCUCUGUCCUGUCUUUGUGUCCAAAUAUUAAAGCAGUUUGACAAGA